ACGUGGUGGUGGUGGUGGUGACGACACCGCCCCCUACUGGCGAGGGCCCGCGCAGGCUCUCGACUCGCCGCCACUCGCAGGCCGAAGGCGUCGCCGCCGCCGCCGUCAUGUCGGCGAUGAAUUUUGGCACCAAAAGCUUCAAGCCGCGACCGCCAGAGAAAGGCUCCUUCCCACUCGACCACCUCGGGGAGUGCAAGGAGUUCAAGGAGGCCUUCAUGAAGUGCCUCAGUGAAUGUAACUAUGAAAAUGUGCAGUGCCGGUUGCAAGCCAAAGAAUACUUGGAGUGCAGAAUGGAGAGGCAGCUGAUGUCGCAGGAGCCACUAGAGAAGUUGGGAUUUAAGGAUCUUAUGGGCGAGGAUGGAAAGAAACCUGAAGAGACAUCCUCCUGCCAUCCCCGAUAACAACACAAGCGUAAUGGCAAGGUGUAAAUAACUUUCUGCUCAAACGAGAGAUGCUGGGGUGAUAUUGGAUCGUGUGAGAUAGUUUUGUUUUUAAAGAGAAAAUGUAAAAAAAUUAACCCGUAAAAACAACAUUUUUCACUAUAAAUCCUUUAUAUGCGUGGCAUCGGUUUUAUUUUAUUAUUCAUUUCUGUUUUUCUUGAGUAAGAGUUUCAUUUUUAUCACAUUGGUAUUUUAAAUUAAAUAUGAAUUUUUUUUUUCCCUAUAAAGUGGAAAAUUUUGGAAAAAAAUUUUCACGAAAAUAAAUUGGCACGCACAACGAGUCUGUGUGCUCGAUUGGAUCACGGGAAGUGGGUUAAAAAACGACCGGAAGAUUUGCACGGUCGUAAGCGCGCAAGCAAGCAAGCAAGUGAACUUAAUAUAAAGGAUUUAAAAACGACCGAAAGAUUUGCACGGUCUUGCAGGAAAAUUUGCAUUUUGUAACAAAAUUCCAUGAAGUGUACUGGCAUUUACAUUGUAAUCUGCUUAAAUAUAUGUGCAGCUUGCUGGACAUCAUUUUCCUAAUUUAACUACAAGCAAUAGUAUGAUGCAUUUUGUAAAUGUCUUUUGACAAGGUUUAAACAUAUAGUUGUACUUGUAUCAUUUAACAUGUGUAUAUCUACGUUCAAUAAAGUGUUGGGGUUUUUGUUUCACCGCCAUUAAAGAGAGUGCCCUUG